GGAAUUUCGCGCUCUGCCCCUUUCAAACCUCCAACGGCUCUGAACAGAGACGUUUCCCUUUGCUUGACUUUUUUCUCUGAUGUCUGCUUGAUCCAGGAUAUGCAGCUGAGGAGGAUGACUGGUUCUGCUAAGCUGUCCCAUGGCCUUUACCAUUUAGAGCAACCUGUAGAUACCAGUCAACCUAAACACUUCUCUGCUGCCACUUCUCAAGAUUUUGAUGUUUGGCACUUUAGAUUAGGCCAUGUUUCACAUUCUAAAGUGCCACUUUUGAAAAACCUUUGUCUAGAUAUAGAUACCAACAGUUCUAUACCCUGUGAUACUUGUCAUUUUGCUAGGCAGAAGAGAUUACCAUUUCCUUCAAGCACUUCUGUUGCUCAACAGUCUUUUGAACUGAUUCAUGUUGACAUUUGGGGUCCAAACCCUAUACCCAGUUAUGAUGGAUUCAAGUACUUUUUAACAAUUGUUGAUGAUUUUACUCGAAUGACUUGGUUGAUUUUACUUCCAGCCAAGUCUGAUGCCAGACCAAAGCUUCAAGCCUUUUGUUCUUAUGUUGAAAGACAGUUUCAAACCACUGUUAAGAGAAUCAGAAGUGAUCAAGGUAGAGAAUUUGAAAUGACUGAGUUUUUCAAUAGAACUGGGAUUCUACAUGAGCUGUCUUGUGUUGAGACACCUCAACAGAACAGCAGAGUAGAAAGAAAACACCAGCAUAUCCUAGCUGUUGCCAGGGCAUUAAAAUUUCAAUCUAAUUUAUCCCCUUCUUUCUGGAGUGAUUGUGUUAAGCAUUCAGUUUUUCUCAUCAACAGGGUUCCUACAAUUGUUCUGGGGAACCAAACCCCCUUUCAAAAGCUUUAUAACAAACCACCAGACUUAUCAGACCUAAAGGUCUUUGGCUGCUUAUGUUUUGCUAGCACAUUAGCUAAUCACAGAAGCAAGUUUGACUCUAGAGCUAGAAAGGGUGUAUUUCUUGGGUUCCAACCUGGGAUGAAAGGUUAUAAGAUAUAUGACCUUCUUACUCAUGAUAUCUUUGUCUCCAGAGAUGUGCAGUUCUAUGAACAUGUAUUCCCAUUCAAAGACCAAAGCCAAAACCAGAACCAGACCUCUCCCUAUGCCAAUCCAAUUGACCCUACC